CUGUGCGGAGUGGUGCCUUUGGAGACAGACUGACUUUCUAACUAUGAGCGUUUGGUUUCAUCAUAUCUCUGGAUUUUUAUCAUAUUUACAUUUCCAUUUCCUAAUCUGGUUCAGAGUUAGAUAAGUGACAGUGUGGCUGUGAAAGCGUGCCAGUGAUCGUCUGUGUGGCGUUGAACAACCAGCAUGUUGCCUCCUGUGAAGAAGGACCGAAUCAUCACUCACCUCCCAAAGUGUUUUAGUCCAAAUGCAGCUUUGCACACCAAAGAAGGCUUCCACCCACAGGUGAGCGCUGCAUGCCAGGUUCAGAAGACAGAUGGUGUGAGCUUUAAUAUCGGCAAAGUCAUUGUGGUGGGAGACGUUUCUGUCGGGAAAACCUGUUUAAUCAGCAGGUUCUGUAAAGGAGCGUUUGAUAAGAACUACAAAGCAACCAUCGGGGUGGACUUUGAGAUGGAGCGUUUCGAGGUGCUUGGUGUUCCCUUCAGCUUGCAGCUGUGGGAUACAGCAGGUCAGGAGCGCUUCAAGUGCAUCGCCUCAACAUAUUACAGAGGAGCACAAGCCAUCAUUGUGGUCUUUGACUUAAGCAGUCUGAACUCACUAGAUCACGCCAGGGAGUGGCUGGAGGACGCCAUGAAGGAAAACGAUCCGUCCAGUGUUCUGCUGUUCCUGGUCGGUACCAAGAAGGACCUCAGCUCUCCUGAUCAGCUGGCUGAGGUGGAACAGGAAGCUAUCAGACUCUCGGAGGCGAUCAAAGCAGAGUACUGGGCCGUGUCUGCAAAGUCAGGCGAUGGAGUCAGGGAUCUUUUCCUACGUGUGGCGUCUCUGACUUUUGAGGCGAACGUUUUGGCCGAACUUGAGAAGAGUGGGUCGAGACACGGCAAAGACAUCAUCAGGAUUACAGACAGCUCCGAAGCCCAUCAGAAACCAAACAAGAAGGCCAACUGUUGUUGAGACUGACAAACCACUGCCUGAACCCACUGGCAGAGUUAUAAGGCUGCGCGACCUGCAGCUAUUAGUGGGCGAGUCUGAACAGAACCACGGACUCCCUGGAUCAGUGUGGAUACCCCGAGCAUGCCAUCUCUGUAGGAUUCAGGAAAUAUUUGUCACGUCCCAAGUCGUAGCUCCAACAUAAUGGCUCUCAUUGAGCCUGUAAACAAGUCUGUUAGCAGAAUGACCCAAACCAGGUUUUCUCAGGAAUGUUUGCUACUAACCAGACCCGCAACAAGCAGUUCUUUGUCACAUUCAUGGUUGUAAAGAGUUUUCUUAAAACCAUAAAGUCUUUUCACAAGAACAUUGUCUGCUAGAACCAAGAUUUUAUCCUGUUAGCGCGGAUUUGUCAGAAUAUCAUCUCCCAAGUCAUGCGUUUUUGUGCUCGCUAAUGUGAUGCGCGCAUCGGAUCAAGUGACCACCGUCUCCCCCAUCACGCCCCUUCCUGCUCUGACACAAGGGCUCACAUGAUCUGGGAGUGGAGGAAAGAAAAGCGUGUGUCUACAUGAACCAGUGCUGGACAACAGCAGCACAGUUAAGUCCAAAGUUAUUCAUACCCCUGGUUGCUUUACGUGCAAAAAUUAUUUUGUCGUCUAAACUUUUUUUUUUACAUCUCUCAGGAGAU